AUGUCAAAGUCACUAACAUUCAAAAGAUUGGCCUACAACAAUGGCUGCUCCAUGAAAAUACAAGAAAAAACAUUCAACCUUCCAACUGAUUUAGCUUCUGAUGAAAUCAUUGUCAAGAUUAGCAAUGCGGCUUUAAAUCCUGUUGAUUUAUUACUUUAUCAUACUUCUCGCUAUAUAUUCUUCAAGCGUGGUGUUAAAGGUGUUGGAAGAGAUUUCUCAGGUACAGUCUAUGCAACAGGUUCAAAUAUAUCAGAAUAUAAAGAAGGUGACUUGGUUUCUGGUCUGUACAUGCCUGUUUAUGGUGAACAAGGUACCAUUGCUCAAUAUUUGAAACUGAAACCAAAAGAAAAUCCAAUGGGUAAAAUUCCUUCAACUCUUUCAUUGCAACAAGCUUCAGCUUUCCCAUUAGUGUUUGCUACAGCUGUCAGCAUUUUAAGAAAGUUUCAUGUUCCUGAUGAAAAUUCAAGAGUUUUGGUCAUUGGUGGUGCUACCUCUGUUGGUCAAUAUGUCCUACAAUUGUUGAAGAAUCAUCAUCAUGCAAAGAGUAUCAUUAGUGUUAAUUCUGAAUCUUCAUCCUCAUUAACCAAAUCAUUUGGUGCUGAUACCGUUAUUGACUAUAAUAAACAAGAUGUUGCUCAAACAGCAUUGUCACUUGUUCAAAAUGAUUUUGGUGGUGAAAAGUUUGAUCUGAUUAUUGACUGUGUUGGUAACAAUGACAUCUUUCCAGUUAUUAACUAUGUCUUGAAACCAAAGACUGAAAAGGCUGGAUAUGUUACUAUUGUUGGUGAUCAAAUUGCUGAUUACAACAGUUCAAUUUUUUCAUUCCUCAAAGUUGCCAAUUUGGGCUUCUUCUCAAAGAUGGUUCCUUAUUUCAGAAGUUACAACUAUGGUAUGGUAGCCACUGCUGAAGAUUUCUAUCCUCUAGCUAAGAAAUUGUUUGAAGAGAAUAAACUUAAAGUGGUUAUUGACUCAACAUUCACUUGGUCUGAUUAUGAAAAGGCUUAUGAAAAACUCAGUGCUCAUAAAGCAAGAGGGAAAAUUGUCUUGAAUUUUGAUUAA